CUCCGAUCUAAAAUCCACCAAAUUGAGCAUUACGCCAGCACUUGUCGCGUUCUGGCUUCGGCUCUACGGUACCCAUAUACCGCCCUUUCCCUCCUUGAACACCGCCCUUUGACAGGGAUCCGUCUUACAGGGAAGCCUCGCACGAUCGCGCCCCCCACGAGCAGUGCGGCCUUGCCAGCAGAUCGAGUCGGCCGUGAUCGAAUAACGAUUCCUCCGUUUCAUCCCUUCAAUUGAACCAGUUCUAUCUCACACAAAAUUCGCCAUGUCUUUCAGCAACCUAGUCCGGGCAUUUCAGCCCCUGCGAUUGUCCGUCCUCCGCACCUCCGCCCCCGCUUCUCAAUACCUCUCCCGACCUACAAUUUUCCAACGAUCCAUCGCCUCGACGUCUCCCAAGUUCCUCGAGCAACAACCAGAGCAGCCGCCGCAGCCGCCACAGCAGGAGCAGCAGGAGCAACAAUCCGAGCACCAGCCGGAGCAGGAGCAGAAGGAACAGCAGGAGCAGCCACCGAUUCGGACCCGGAAAGCCUCCAAGAGCGUCAAGACCAAAGUCCCUCCCUCCCUCCGCCAGUACCCCUACAAGCUCAAGAAGGGCACCGUCGUAUCCGCCGGCCGCAUGGAGCGCACCGUGCGGGUCGAGCACCUGAACAUCGAGUGGGACGCCCACCUCCGCAAGUACUACCCCAAGAAGGUGUACAUUAAGGUCUCGGACCCCCGCGAGUCGCUCCGCGAGGGCGACGUAAUUGAGUUCUCGUCCGGCGCCCCCAAGGGCCGGCGUGUCAACCACGUGGUGGAGCGCAUCAUCGCGCCCUUCGGACAGCCCCUCGAGGACCGACCGGCCGUGAUGACGCGAGAGGAGAGAGACGCCGAGCGUGCGACCAAGAGGCAGGCCAAGUGGCAGCGCAGGGAGACCAAACGGAGAGAGGCUGCUGGCGGUGAUAAGAAGUUGCAGAAGCAGACGCAGAAGCACAGCCCCAGCCGUGAGCACAUCGGGCGCAUCCAGAAAUUAAUUCAUCAACGCCGCAAGUCGAAGGUGCCGGCUUUGACACCGAAGAAGGCUGCGCCUGCUGCUGAGGCUGCCGAGGCUGCUCAGGAUGCUAAGGAUGUACCUGCAGCUAAGACUGCACCUGCUGCUAAGGCUAACCUGAACUAAUGGAUUGGAGUUUCUUCGUGUUGGGCUGGCUUCGUUACGCGGGAGAAGGAGAACAGCGAGAUGAGUGGAUUGACUAGAACUGGUCGAGUGUUUCUGACCUACUUUUUAUUUUAUUUUUCCCCCUUUGAUUGUGUAUGGGUUUCAUGUAACACUUGUGUAUAUUAU